AUGAUGGCACAUCCUUAGCCAAAAGGGAAAAGGCCGGGUUAGAGCGAAAACCCCGAGCUUCCUCCUCCCCUCUCUCUCUCGCUCCAACAAUGGCCAUGGCGGCUUCUUAUUCUUCAUCCUCGACGGUGGUUUCCUUGCCUCCAUUCAGCAUGGCCUCCCUCCGCUCCGCCCUCCCCCCGCUCCCCGCUGCUCGCGUCCACUUCUCCUCCCCAAAGCUGAGGACAGGCGGCGGAGGGAUCAAGGCCCUGCGAUCCUUCUCCGGCCUAGCUCCCGUCGCCCCUUUUCUCAGUUCCGACAGUACUGGCUAUGAGCAGAAUUUUUUGUCCAUUAACAAUGGGAGCAAAUUCUAUGCAAUGAGACAUGGCAGACGAGUCCCAAAACUUAACAGGCCCCCGGAUCAAAGAAAAGCAUUACUUCGUGGUCUCACAACACAAUUAUUGAAACAUGGUAGGAUUAAGACUACUAGAGCAAGGGCAAGCGCAGUAAGGAAAUAUGUUGAUAAAAUGAUAACAUUGGCCAAGGAUGGGUCUCUUCACAAGAGGAGGCAAGCAUUGGGAUUCAUCUACGAGAAGCAGAUAGUCCAUGCUUUGUUUGCAGAGGUCGAAGAUAGAUAUGGCGAGAGAAAUGGAGGCUAUACUCGUAUUAUCAGAACUCUACCUAGGCGUGGCGACAAUGCACCGAUGGCCUACAUUGAGCUUGUCUAGGUAAAUACUGUUCAAGUCUUUGUAUGCCUAAAAUAUUGUUGGUACGUAUAGUGCACUUUUGUGGUAUUGCUUUGCAGAAGUUGUAUUUAUGUAGUUCUGUAUGAAUAGAUGAAACAUUUCAGUUGAUCAGUUGCCUUUCAUCAUUUCCCUAUUUAUGUGUUAUGAAUCAAACUAUUUUGUUCUAUCUCAAUGUAAUCAGGUUUGCAACAUAGAUUGGAUGCCUUUUCUGUCA